AUGUUUCGAAACAUCAGGCACCAGCACCUUGGCCUCGCGCCUACUGGCUGGCAUCAAGUGGCGAAUACAAAAUUAUCCACUUGUGCGUCCCUCGUACUGCACGAGAGAUCGGGUUGCAGCGAUGGCAAGGAGGCGGGGUGGUUGCGAACGGUGACCGGAGGAAAGGCUGAAACGAAAGUUACAGUCGGUCAGAAAUCGGCUCGGUAG